AAACAAACAGGAAAGAUGAAGCAUGUCCAGCGGGAAAUUCAAAAACCCCUUCCACAAACCUCACAUCCCACCCCCAUCCCCUCUACCACCGCCAACUCAAGAUCUCAUUCAAGAACCCCAACCCCCCACACCAGCACUCGGUCCCCUCCCGCCAACCGUUCUAACAGCCCACAUCCUCCCUUACCUCUCACCUACGACCCUGUUGCCUCUUUCCCUUUUGAACAAAACGUGGCUCUCAAUUGCUCGUAAUGACAGCCUCUGGCAUCGCUUGUGCGUCUUACACGGCGUGCGGGUAGGACCCUGGACGGAUGGGUUACAGUGGUGGGAGGUUUUUAGAAUAUUUUGGAAGCGGAGGGGGAAUUGGAAGAGGGGUGUGUAUGGUGUUAAGGUUGUGGAGGUCGUUGGAAUUGGGGAUAGUGUGAAUUGCUUCAAGUAUGAUGCUGAUGUACUCCUUGUCGGUACCCGUCGUCACCGACUCCACCUCCAUCACUUUCCAUGGACAUCCGUUCCCCAUCUCUCUUUAUCGGGACAUACCCAUCCUAUCAUGUGUCUCGCUACAACACAGCAACACCUCCUUACGGGCGACGCUACGGGGACCAUGAUGCUCUGGAACAUUUUCACAGGCGGACUAUUGGCGGUUGUGAAAGCGCAUGAAGGGGCUGUAGUAGGUGUUGGGUUUGUGAGUGGGGUGGUAGUGAGUGCGGGUGUUAAUGGUCAAGUAAAGACCUGGAAGAUUCAGACAAGGGUCGAAACAGAGACGAUCAUAAGAGAACAUCAAAAAGGAUUGAGAAAGAUAUCCAAAAAGUUACAAAAGAGACAUGUGGAAGUAUUUGAAAAGGAGAUUGUCGAGUUUGUACAUGCCAACCAUAUUGUUGCGCAUGUUGGGGAUUGUUUUUGUGUUUGGGUUGGGGAAUGGGUUGUUACGGGUGGGUUAGACUGGUGUGUGAAGACAUGGAUGCCGACCACUCUUGCCCACCACCGCACUUUCCGUGGGCACACGGACUCUGUCACAUGUGUCGCUGUCCACGCCAACUGGGUUAUGAGCGGAUCGCUGGAUAAAAGUAUUCGACAAUGGGAUCUCCAGACUGGAGCAUGCCUCCACACGUUCUUGGGACACACAAAAUGGGUCAAGACGUUAGAUGUUUCUGAAGAGUGGUUGGUCAGUGGGGGUUGGGACGAGUGCGUAUUAGUUUGGAAUUGGAAAGAAGGCAAGUUGGGUCAUCGGAUUGAUGUACAAAAGGGACCAGUCGUUGCAUUGCAAUUUGAUGAGGAGAAGAUUGUGGUGGGAUGUCGGGGGGAAGAUGUACAGAAUGCUUUGAUUGUGGUUGACUUUGGUGAAGACAAACAUGAAAAUAAAAACCAAGCAACAUCGUAA